AUGGAUAAAUCCAACAUGUCUGAACUGAGAUUUGAGGCCCCACUGGCAACAUUUGACAUGGAUGAAUGGAAUGAAUUCGUCGAUGAUCAACCAGCCAGCCCAUGUAGUGCAGUCUCGAGGAUGAGUGAGGCCUCCUCCUCCGUCAGUAGCAGUCCCCAGAAUAACAAGAAUAACAACAGUUAUGCCACAGAACUGGACAUAGGCGACAACAAUUCUGAAGAUUUCGAAAACGAAAACCUGUCUGGGUCCCUGGAAGACCUCGUCAACACAUUUGAUGCAAAAAUAAUCAAGUGCUUUAAAAAUUAUAACGAACACUCUGAGAUAAUAGCACCCAUUCAAAUCAGAAGCGAGGAUGACAUACUGGCCGACAAUCAGUAA